GGUACUGAUUCACCGGAAAUUGACAUGUCAAAAUGAAACAAAGAACAUAAAGCACCUUUGGUUGGUAAAGAAAAUUAGAAUGGAAGGCAAAGAUGACUUAACAGAUGAAGAAGACAAUGUACUAUCUUUAUUAGAGUACAUGCCAGCAGGAGUGUUAUUAGAAAUAUUUAAAUUUCUAGACUGGAAUGACAUUUGUCAAGUAUCCUCCACUUGUACAAAAUUCAGAGAAGUUUGCUCCUCAGCAACACUAUGGUUAGGUUUACAAGUGUUAGACUUCAGAAACUGUGCUGUUCCAGAUGCUGAAAAAAUAAUACAAAUUUUACACAAAACUCCAAAUGCAGUUCAUGUAAUUCUUGGAGAUAUUCUCAGUGAGGAUGAUUCUGACAACAUCAGGAUGGCAAAUAAUAUGGGUGAUGGGGACAUGGCUAUAGAGGAAGAGAUGAUAGAUGAGGAAGAAGAAGCUGAUGAAUCAACACGAGACAACCUCACAGUGUCCGACAGAUUCAUGCUGGAUGUGUUAAAAUGUUGUACAAGAAUAUCACAUCUAGAGUUACAUAUGCACAAAAUAACUGACAUGUCUGUGAAUGCAAUAUGUGCCAAAUGUACAUGUCUACAAACACUGGAGAUACAUGACAAUAAUUACAUACAGCCUGGUUCUAUCAAUGAACUGGUCUCUUUGCAGUCACGUCUCACACAACUUGUUAUAGACAGUUGUGAAGAGUUAGAGUUUCUGGAAUUACAGCAUUCAGAUCCCAGCCAACUUCUCAGUCUUACAAAUGUGAGUUUGUUAGGGCAAAAGGUUGUUAUUAGCAACAUACAGAUCUUGGUUCAAUCUUGUCCUUACCUUACCCAUCUAGAUCUCACUGCCAGUCAAUAUCUCAACAGUUUCUCCUUUGAUGUUAAUCAGGGGCAAAGAAGUGCGUUAGAUAGUCUACAGGUUGUAAUACUCAAAUUCUGCAAAGACUUGCAGUUGGUCAGUCUUCCAUAUUGUCCAAAUCUUCAACAACUUGACACCUCUCAUUGUGUUAGCUUGAAUGAAAUUACAGCAACAACUCCUAAAUUGUGUAAGUUAGAUACUGUAGGCUGUGAAGAAAUAACUAAGAUAGAUCUUACAAGCUCUGAUCUGUGUGAGUUAUGUUGUGAAGGAAUGAAACAGCUAGAUAUUUUACAUAUUGGAUCAGACCAGCUCACCUCACUGAAUCUCUCAUGUUGCUCAAGACUUUCAGCCAACAACUUACUUGGUGCAGUUACAAACAAAUCUUUAUUGUUGUCCCUUAAUAUUUGUGGCUGUAAAAAUAUCAGCCCAGAUGAUGUCAACUCUAUUAUAUUACCGCAG